GCGCUGGGAGGCUGAGGUCACGUACUUCCAGUCAAUGUCAGACGAUUGAGGACCUUUGCAGGCGCGGCGCCUUUAAGAGGGGGCGUGGCCUCCCGCCUAGCAGCGUCCAGGUGCCUGAGGAGGCACGAAGUGCGAGUCACGUGCUGGUGGGCGGGGCCGCGCCGCGACCGGAAACGGAAGUGGCUUCUCAGCAGUGCUGGCUGCUCAGUGUGCGCGCCCUCGUCCGGCGGUCGCACUUUCGGGGGAUGGGUUCCAAGGCCAAGAAGCGGGUAGUACUGCCCACUCGCCCAGCGCCCCCCACGGUGGAGCAGAUCCUGGAGGACGUGCGGGGUGCGCCCUCCGAGGACCCCGUUUUCACCGCCCUGGCCCUGGAAGACCCCCCAGGUCUCUCCGGGAGGGUGGAGGACAUAGACGCCCAGCGGGAACAGCUGUACCAGCAGAGCCGGGACUACGUGGCCAUGAACCAGCGGCUGCGGCAGGCGGGCGACGGGCUGCGGCAGAGGCGCGCGGGCCUGUGGCGGGCUGGCCAGGAGCUGGAGCAGGACCUCGGCCAGCUGACGCAGGGGGCGCUCACCGGAGCCUCCGGUCGCCCCUGUGACCCCUGACCCGGCACACCUCAGAUGUGGGCCCCUGGGUCCCCUGGCCUGGGUUCUCCCCGGUGCCCGGAGACCCCGGGGCACAGGGCCUGCGUGGCGGGUGACAGACACACCUGCCUCGGCUGGGCACGGGCCCCUUCCCGACGGGCGGCUCUGGGUCAGCGUGGGUGCCGCUCACCCCUGGCCGUGGGGCCCAGACUGGACUCCGCGUGGGGUCCUCGGCGCUCGAGGGCCAGUCCGUCCAUCCUCUCCUGCCCCUGGCGACCCCGCAUCCCCUCGUCGUCCCAGCAGCCAUCCCAGCUGACAGAGCGGGUGGGACGCGGCCCCCUCGCUGUCUCCGCCCACCUGGGGGGCGCAGGACCCCGUUCCUUGCAGACGGCGGCGGCUGCUGGAGGAGCACUUGCCCAGCAGCGCCCACACCGGAGACGGGGCCUCUGGUGGUGCCCCCUGAGCACCCUGACCUGAGGCCUGGGUGCUCCCACGGGGCGGGUCGCUGUCGGGGUGCAGGCACCCCAUCACACGGGCUUCUGUGAGAGGAAGAGCUGGUCAGCCUCUCACCCGAGCCCUUGGUGUCUGCCUCCAUCCAGGCAGGCUGCACCUGUGGGCGGUGGGGUGCACCGAACAGGAGCGGAGCUUGAAAAGGGCUUUUCAUUUGAAAAGACAAACUUUCAGAAAAUUGAGGCAGAGGCGGCCGCUCGUGGGUGUCCCCACCGGGCCCCACAGCUGAAGCCCUGUCUGCAGCAGGUCUCUGCACAGCGCCUCGUGACUGCCCCAUUCAGGGGUCCCUGGGAGCUCCGAAGCACCGUGGCAGGGCCCUGUCACGAAGGAUCCCAAGCAUCCGAGGGACCCCCAAAACCAGAACCCAGAAAGUGGGGGGGGGAGGGGGGAUGGGCAUGGAGGAGGA